UUUACAUUGUAGCGGCAUGGGCAUGACGAUUUGUACAAUGUCUUGGAUUUAAUAAUUACUCGUUUCUCAAAUUUUGAGCAGUUCCCCAUAAAAAUUUAAUACUAUCAUUGUGCUUUAUUACGAAGAAUGUUUUAAUUAUAUCUGACAAUGCUUAGUUCCAGACUGACAUCUAUCAGUGAGAACCCGGUCGGUGAACCGGAGCAGGAUGCAAAUUCUGCGUUGACAGAACUCGAUAAAGGUUUACGAUCUCAAAAAAUUGGAGAACAGUGCGAAGCCAUCGUAAGAUUUCCGAAGCUGUUUGAAAAAUAUCCAUUCCCCAUCCUAAUCAAUUCUUCAUUUUUAAAAUUAGCGGAUGUUUUUAGGGUCGGUAAUAAUUUUCUUCGCAUUUGGGUGCUUCGUGUUUGUCAACAAAGUGAAAAGCAUCUGGAUAAAAUCUUGAAUGUUGAUGAAUUUGUCCGCCGAAUCUACAGUGUCAUCCACUCCAAUGAUCCGGUUGCCAGAGCAUUUACCUUAAGAACAUUGGGAAGUGUCGCCGCUAUCAUUCCAGAAAGAGAACAAGUUCACCAUAGCAUUCGUAGUAGUCUAGACUCUCAUGACUCAGUCGAAAUUGAAGCUGCUAUCUAUGCUGCUAUGCAGUUUGCAGCACAGUCAAAGCUUUUUGCUGUGAGUAUGUGCAACAAAAUUUGGGAUAUGAUUCAAGGCCUCAACACGCCAGCCAGUAUGAAACUCAAGUUGAUUCCGAUUCUCCAACACAUGCACCAUGAUACAGCAACAGCAGCAAUGGUCCGAUCGGUUUGCACAGACUUACUCCCGAAGUACCCGGCCCAAGAUUUUGUGAUUGUAACACUGAAAACACUAACACAGUUGGCAACUGCUACUCUUGUUGAUAUUGCUCCUCAGGUGAAACUAUUACUCAGUUACCUCCACGAUCCACGCUCAAGUGUACGUUAUUCAGCAUUGAGUUGCUUGCAUGUCCUAGCCAAGAAAGGUGCUCACUACUGGCCAGAAGAAGCAGUAUUGAUGUUAAUUGAAGCAACACGUGAAAUCCAAAACAAGAAGCUAACAUCGUAUGUCCUAGAUGUUUUGAUUGUUUUGUCGCAGUCAUCUGCAAUAUGCCAUGCCCAUCAUCAUCAAGACUCCACCUUGAUGCAGCUUUGCCAUGAAGUCUGUUACUACCAAGAAACAACCAUAACUGCAAAAGCUGUGAAAAUCAUCAGUCAAAUUUAUUGUUAUUGUUACGAGCAAGGUUUACCUGUUGGUGAGGAAGACAUUGAUCAUGUGGAGUCGUUAUUAUUGCUUACCUGUUGCGAUCCAACCAGUGAGAAGGGCCUAGUAUCAUGCUUGGAAAGUGUUGUCCUCCUUUGCCGCAAAGUUCCUCACACUAGAAUCAAGUUUGCUGAGUUAAUUUUGUCGCAAAUAGUUCAUGAAGAAGGCAACUUGAAUCCCCAUCUAUGUAAGGCCCUUGUUUCCAUCGGUGGUCUCCAGUCUGGUAUUUUGUGCAACUUUUUGACGGAUAUACUAAAUCUCCUUCGAAAGCCUAACUUGCAGCCACACAUCAAAACAAUGUUAUGCACUCUAAUAUUUCAAACCAAAGCAGGGCAGCCGAUUGAGGAGGGUAUCGAAUUUGAGACGGUUGCUUGGGAAGCCUACAGAGUUGCUAGAUCUGCAGCAAAGUAUGGUCAUUUUGAUGUCAGUGCAAAAAUUUUCAAAGCACAACGAGACAUCAUUUCUUCAGAACACGUGCACUUUUGGCUAGCCAGCUUGGAACAAUUGAGCCUUGGGGAGGCUGUUUUGAAAGCAGAUUCUGAAAACAUUAAAACUCUCGACAGAUUUGGAGCUGCUGUCGCUCAUUAUUGCAAAGCAAUGGCAGCGUUUAAGGCUGCAAGCACCCCAGCUCAAACAUUGACCUUCCAGUCAGAAUAUGUUGCUCUCCGUUGUGAAAUGUUGCAAAACUUGUCUCAAUUAUACGCCACCUGCAAUACCAUUCAGACUGUUCCUCCACCUGCAAUUGCACAGACUUUGAUCCAAAAUAACCGCGAGGAUCUUCUCAGAUUUGGACAUAUCGUGAACCAGCUGAGGAAACGAGCAAAGGAACUACGAUCAUGUGGUGAAAAUUACUGGAAGCUCUAUCAGACUGCCUUUGAUGCUGAUCCAAUUUCUUUACUAAAUAUUCAAUUAUGUCAGCAUUUUUGUGUGCUUCUAGCUCAUAAUGUGGAAGCUGCUGUCUUACCCAAUCAGCAAAGUGAUGAUCCAGUUUUAGAUCCUUCGUUACUGAAAGAAAAAAAUAAUAAUUUAGGAGUUCAAAUGAUGGCCCAGGCCUGCCAUCAAAUUUCUAGUAUUGCCAAAAGUGUUCCUACCAAACCAUUAACUUUUGAAUAUAUCUUGUGCCUGCAGAGACAAGUAGAACAUUUGAUUAGCUCACCCUUCUGCUACCCAAGGUUUUUCUUCCAAGUCCUGCAGUCAACGAGUGUGAAAUUGGCAGUUUCACCUCAGCCUCGAGUAAGUGGAGAGUGGUUAACAGUCGUGAACGGAUCACAACUGACGAUAAAAGUAGAAGGUGUCAUUCAACACGGACGCAUUCCAAGCUUAUUUAGGUCUAUUCAAAAUAUUAGUAUCACCGUUACAUCACAGUUGACAUCGAGAAAUCCAUCUGCUGCAGACUCCAAGGUUCAUGACACAGGCUCAACCCUAAACCAAAUUCUGACGCCCCAUCACGAUUUCUUCACUGGUGAAUUUCUUCUUGGGUUCCCAUGUGGAGGCCAGUUCACUGUCACUGCUGAGGCAGCAGUCAUUGACCAGCUGGGUGGACUAUGGCACACGGGACCUAAAUCAACCUUCAAUGUUAAAGUUCAUGAAGACAACGUUCCAUCCAGACCCAGGACGGCAUUAUAGUUAGGACGUUCCAGGUCUAAGCAUAGAUAGACAAUGCUGAUUCUUGUGAUCGUUCCUGUUUCUUCUUUUAUCCGUUGAGAGUGUUCAUCUUUUAAUUAAGUUGUGGUUUUUGGUGCCUGAAUAUCCUAGAAUUAUGCUUAUGAUGAUCAGAUGAAACUUUUGCCUUGUGGUUGCUUCACUAUAUCAAUUUAUCAUGUACACUAAUGGCUAAGUCGAAAAAUGGGGAGCUAAAAUUGCAUUGUUACAAAUCUUUGUUGAUGUUGUAUUUUUCUAAAGGUGAAUUAAUCUACCGUUUCCAUUGAAAAUUUCUAUGAAUUUUUCUCAUUUAUCCAUAAAAUAACUACUCAAAAUUGCAGGGAACUAUUCUUAGUUUUCCUUAAAGAAAAUUGCACAUAAUAGAAAAUUUUUAUUGACACUAUCUUAAUAAGGUAUUUUUCGACUUAAUCCACUUUCUAUCCUCCAGGCGGAACAAUUAUCAGUUUGUCUAUACUUAACAUUUCAUGAAGAUGUUAGUAAUUUUGUAAAUUUUGUACAUUUGUUUUGUAAAUAUUAGGUUGUUUAUUGUGAAGAGUGUUUGUAAAAACAAAAAUAAAAAUUUAAAUGCAGUUGUUAGUUGCAAUUA